CGACUCGACAGUCACUGCACGGCCCACACCUCGUCCGACUCGAGUUUCCGAGCCAGCAUGGACAGAGCUGUGGUGGCGGUGAAGGGAGAGACAUCCUACAAAAAGAUAAACAAUCGAGAAAGGUCAGACACCGUCGUUUAGUUUCGACAGCUCACUCCUCCAGCUCCAGGCUACAUCAACUCUGCUCCCGCAACACUUCACAGCUGGAACCCUCCACGCGCCCAUCACACGCAGCUGUAUCCACUAAGCUCAUUUCCCGUCUGAACCUUCCGCGAGUACUACCUAGUGUUUACGAAAAAGCAUGGCAACGGCCACAGCGAGUCCGUGGGGCGACGAGUCCGCAGCCCCCACUUCAACAAGUUCGCGCUGCGCGGAUCAGGCGGCGUCGAGGGCGCCGCCAUGGGCAAGGACGAGUGGCGCAAGCAGCUGCCCGCGCUCGUAAAUGCCGCCGAUCCGCGCUUCCCCGACAGCGCGGUAGAUCUUUCCGACAUCUGUGGCGAUUCCGACUCCGACAGCGUGGCGAACCUCUCCGACAUCUGCGGAUUCAACGACCUCAACUCGCCGCGCUCCGCCCUCUCCUCCCUCGAAGCGGUCUCGGCAGCGCGCCGAGCUCCCAGCCCAACUCGGCGAACAACUCGGGGGCGCUGUCUAUAAUCUCCGAUGCCCCGUCCAACGCGUCGUCCGGUUCGAACAGCCGCCCGUCGACCGGCCGCGUGUCGCUCGCGCAGCAGCUGCUGCAGCAGCAGAUGGGCGGCAACGCGCGGUUCACGUCCGCUAAUUCCGGGAGCAAGGGCACCACCGUGGCGUCCGUAACGGGAAUAAGCGACUAUGGCAACUACAGCGGGUCGCCCGUGACGCCGCUCAUGCCGGGCUUCAGCUGCGCGUCGUCGGAGGCAUCGGGUAACCAGUCGCCGAUGAAUCGCGCGUGGCGACAAUCGAGCGACCCUCGUGCGGUGUCGCAUCAGUCGGCGACGAUGAGGGAAUCAUCGCUUCGUGAGAAGCUCCUGCGAGCCAGCAGCGCGGCUGCCUCAGAAACCUCCUCGCAGAGCUCAUGGCACGAGCACCAAUCGCAAGCCGCGUCCGCCUAUUCCAUCUCCGAGUGUACCGCCGCGAACGACGCCUACUAUUGCGAGCCGGGUGAGAACGAGCAAGGCGAGCUCGACUUUUCCGACAUUAAGUCUGUCUGCCUCAACUUCGACGAGGCGCAGCAGCAAUCCGAAGAAUGGAAUUCCAGCGCGCGCGCCUCGAGACCGUCGACAUCGUCCCCCUCGCGUCGGGCUCGAGAAAUAGAUUUAUGUUGGGGGCAGGAGCCAAUCUGCCCGAACACGUUCUCUUCGCGCUUACGUUCUCCGAUUCCCCCGCCCUUCACCUCCCCGGCGACGAAUCCAUCCAAAAGCUUUUCCCGAAUCACAUGCAGCAGCGCGCGGCGCAGGACAAGCCGCAAGGCCCCCCGAAAGGCGCCGGGUUCGGCGGUUACGGAGCCACGAAACGGACGGAGAUAUUUCCCAGCUACCUAAGAAGCAACGCAGGUAGCUCCGCCGCGGCGUGCGGCAUACCCAGCUACGGCAGCUAUGCGUGAGCGAGAGCACGCUCGGAGGGCCUGGCUGGUAUGCACUAGGGAACGACGACGCUAGCUGGGCGGUCCGCCCGGGGGACCAUGAUGGUCGGUCGCUCUCCUCUGCCCGGGCUCGCCGCGAUGAUGAGAAAUUCGGCUCGGAUACGAGUUUUUUCAUCCAGAGUCCAUUAGUGGAGUGUCCGCGCCUUGGGAGACUAUCGAGGCCCUCGCAGCGACGCAGGCAUAGUGGAAAAGGGGCCAUGGAUGAAGGCGCCGCUAACACCGUGAUCCCAGCCAACAGCAGAAUCUGACUGACCGGAACAUGCGCAGGGACGCGCCGGAGGGGAGAGUCGGGGUUUUGCGGGGUUGCAUGCCGCGACCGCGUGGGUGGAAAUUGGAAUGCUCUCACUUGAGCCGUUUCUGUGUAUAGUAUAUUGUUUGUAGAUCUUUCUAUGUAAAAAUAUGCUAUAUGGUACAGUGAAUAAUAAUUACACAUCAAUACUUUUACUA